GGCGCAGUUUUUCUUGUUAUUUAUUGUCUGUCGAUAUAUGAUUUCCUUGACAACUGACAGCUUUCACUGACAGUUUACGUUUGCGUUUUGUAUUCGUAGAGCAGACAUACAUUAGUGACCUAACAUGAGAUCGAUUUGUUAUAGUUCAAGUAACGUUAUUGUAAAUCUACAAAUGGGUCUACCCUUCUUGCACCGCUUUUCAAAACAAAGUUAAACUAUAGUACAGAUUAGCCUACAAGAUAGAACCGUUUAUUGUAACAAAGACUUUUAACUUUUUCCUUUUACUUUUUUUAAGUAGACGUCUUUGAAAAAAAUAUGCCGUACGGGUGAUAAGAACACAUACCAGCUAACGGGAACCGACGUUUCCUGUAAUCGUUUAACUCUGUUUGUACAGUAUGACAGAAUUUGCGAGCAUGCUUGCAAACGGUGCUUUUGGGAAAACACCCGCGGGUUUCAUAUAUUAUCUGUUUCACAACAGUUAAAAAACAUGGUUAAACCAUGGUAUAACCACAGAAUAACGGGACAGCAGCAUAAAUAUCUCUGUUUUUUAAUGUUCAUCAAACAAAAGGACUCGAUCGCUGCUUUACUGAUGCAGCAGAGGAAAAGACCUGCAUAGAGGAAAAGACCCGCUGACGAAGAAGGAAAUGACAUGAAAAACAUUUAUUAAUAAAGGUCCUUGAAAGUGACAAUUUUGUUACACGUGCCUUUAAAAAAUGGAAAUUGAAAAUCAACAAUACAUUCACAGGAAAAACCUGUCGUUAAAGAUGCUUAUUGGGAUGUGCCUUGGAAUUCUAUGUUAUCUGAUAUAUUGGUCUUAUAUGGAAAGUGAAAGGGAGAGACAACCUCCAUACAUCUUUUUAGCCCAGCACUUUGCAAAACUUCACGCCAUAAACACCUCCACCUCCCCUGCUGAAAAUGUCUUAAAAAACAGUUCAAUGGAGUCUGAUUCACCAAAAAGCUCAUUUAAUCCCGAAUCAGGAAUCAAUUCAGAAAAUGAUUUCAAAUCACAACAGGCUCGACCAGAUGGAUUAAUCACUAAUGUGUCCAUGAGUACAAGUCCAGCAUACUCCACAUUCAUCAUUCAAAACCUGAAGGACAGCUAUCAAAUAGGAGAGGAGCUUUGUGUUACUAUCCAUGCAAGAGAUUUUAACAACAAAUCCAAAUGUUAUGGAGGGGACUUCUUUCAAGCCAAGCUGUUCUCAUCCAAAAAUCCCCAAAAGGCUAGUGUGUUUGGGGAGGUGAUGGACUUGUCAAACGGCUCCUACUCUGUGUGUUUUCUUCUGCCGUGGGUGGGACGGGCACAGGUGGCCGUCCGUCUGAUCCAUUCCAGUGAAGCUGUGGAGGUCCUCAAGCGUCACAGAGAAACAGAUUCUGACAGGGUUUUCUUUAACGGAUAUUUUGAAGGACCAGCACCAGAUGGGGCCAGGUUGCGAGAAACAGUGAAGUGUAAUGUGAAGUGGGACAAGAAUGGACUGGAGAGGAUGGGAUCUGGAGAUUGUUGCUGUGAAUACAAAGAUUCUCGUACUGGGGAGGAAUGGCAAUGUCAAAGACCCAAAAUCUUGCCAUGCAGUGCUCGCGUUUAUCACUCUAUGGGCGGCUAUAUUGACAGACUAACUGGAAAAGAGGCAAUUUUAUUGUCAAAACCAAACCAAGAUAUUAACCCAGGUGAAAAAAGCAUCAUCAACAUUGCUCAUUCGAAAAGAAAUGUCACUGAUGAAAGAAAGAAAUGUCGUCCUGGUUUGCUUACACCAGUUCCAUCUGGCUUUUACCUGGAUGACGUGUGGACGUCCUUUGUGUGUAGCACCCGUCAUUUUACUCCCCAAACAACAACACAGUGCCUGAAAGACAAACAAAUCUACAUGAUGGGAGACUCUACCAUGAGACAGUGGUUUGACUUUUUGUUGAAAACUGUACCAACGUUGAAGCAGAUGGACCUCCAUGUACCAUAUCAGACAGGGCCUCUUCUAGCAGUAGAUGUGGAGAACAACAUUUUCUUACACUGGAGGUCUCACGGUGUUCCUCUGCGCUGUCUGAAAACAGAAGUCGCUAAUCUGCACUACAUCAGUAAUGAGAUUGACGAUCUGGCCGGAGGGCCUCGCACAGUUAUUGCCUUUAAUCUGGGGGUCCAUUUCACCACAUUCCCUCUGGAUAUCUUCACCCACAGAGUGUUGAGGAUCCGCAAAGCUGUCCUGGAUCUUUUACAGCGGGCACCAGAAACUACUGUUAUAAUCAAGACUGUUAAUACUGGAUUUAAGGAUGCGUUUUCCAGUGACUGGUAUUCUUUGCAAUUGGACAGAAUUCUACGACAGGCUUUUCAGGAUGUUGGUGUUUAUAUUUUGGAUGUAUGGCAAAUGACAUCCUGUCACUACAACAAAGACAACAUUCAUCCAGGUCCCAUCAUCAUUAAAAAUGAGAUAGACGUAUUUCUUUCUUUUAUUUGCCCGGACUAAACAGAAGCAUUCAGAAAGUGAAACAUAACUUUAUUGUUUUGAGGUAUGCAGGGUGUAGGCGUUGGAACAGGAAAUCUCACAUCCUCAGCACAGAUGUGUUCACUAGCGAACCGUGAAGUUUGAGCCUUGGCCCUCUGCGCAUUUAUCAGAUAAAAUGUCAUUGUUAUGCAAAAUAUAACAGCAAAUAUGCACAAUAUGUUACAUUUAAGACUGACCACAGUCAAAAUCACUCGUCACAAAUAAAGCUAACGUUAAGCAACAAGAACGGUCUUAUAAAUAAUAAAUAACUUACAAUUUGAUGAUCAAAUUGCUUGAUAACAAAGUCUUCCUCCUGUUGUUUUCAACAACGUUUAUCAGCUUUUCUCUCUUUUUUCCGAGACUUGAUAACAAAGUUCAUCCACAUGCUUUUUUGAAUGAUGUUUUCAGCAUUUCUUCUUCUUUUGCAGUUUUUUGGCGGUUUGGCUAACCAUCUUCCUGUGCUUCUUCUGCUUUACGAGACUGUUGGUAAACAACCCCCCAGAUGGCGGAAAGUUAGCAAUUUAGAAAAAUAAUAUGAUUAGUCAGUUUUACUGUUACUCAAAAUGAAUCUCUCCUAUUGAUUUUCUGUACUGUCAGCCAGCGGUAUGCUAAUAGAAGGCUCCCCAACUCCGUGUAAGCAAACGUUCGACUUCUUGCAGCAUGCGCAGACAGCCUAUGACAUCGCAGAACUGCGACUUUUCCGUGAUCUUGAAUUACUCUCGUGAGACUUGGAAAUCUCACGUGGAUAGAGUCCGCAUCGAUCCAGGAAGUCAAAUAUACAUAUCUAAUAGGGAAAAUCGGCCGACUUUUAUUGAAAAUAGUAUUUUUCAAAUAGUUUUUAAAUAUUAUUUUUUACGAUAGGUUUUUACAUUCGAAAACAUCAAAAUCAAUAAGUAAUAGGUUAUUUUCUACCCGGGUUUUGAGGCUGUCUCGACAAAUGCUCUGUUUUAAUGGGCAUGCCACAUUGAAGACUUGGAAGUAAACGCCCACUGCUAUGAUUCGAUAGCAGUUUGCGUAGUAAACUUACUUGGAGCCUUCUGUGAAUUUGGUUAGACAUGUAACGUUAGGUUACACAUUAUCAGGACAUAUCAAGCGGUCUCUAACAAAGCAAUAGUGACGCAUAGUCGGAUCCAAUAUUGACUGCACAGCACUGCUAUUUAAUUUUAGUCUCUCCGCAAAUCCAGUGCCUUGUUCACAAAGGAAUCCACCAUGAAAUGAAGCGAACAAAUGCUCAAUGUUUCACCCACAUGAGCAGGAAUGUACUCAAACUUCAACCACGCAUUCCUAAUAUCAGAAUCUGAAGGAAGCGACUGUGUUCUUCCACAACCAGGCGCUGCACAAUGUUGCAUGUUUGUUGCUCGGCCGCUCUAAAUAAAAAUAACAGUGAAAGAAGUCCUCACUUUUGCACAUAUGACACGGGGCUAGCCUCCCUCGAGAGCCCUUCGCUAAAGUGACAGGGUUGUCAGAUCUUCACAGACAAAAUAAGCAAAUAAAGACGAGACAAAAACAAACCUUAAAAUGCAAAUUGUUUAUAUAUUUUAUAAGACCAAAAAUUCUUAAAAUCUGCAACAGACCCUUUAUUAAGACCUAAGUGCCGAGGCUUUUUGAUCUAAGACCAAACAACAAGCAUAAAAGUGCUUAUUAAUAACAAACAUGGCAACACAGCAAAAGAGCGCUGUGUGAUGUAGCCAUCCGAGCAAACACAACACAGCGCAAUAUCAGCAGUUUAGUUUAAACUGAAGGACAAAACGAAUCUUUAGCCGAAAAAUAUGUCGCUAUGGUUACCAGUUUUUCAAUCAUCACAAAUGCGGGAGUGUAUACUAUAGCUGUGUCUGAAUUCACCCCUAUCUCCUAUAUAGUGCACUAUAUCGUGUGUCCGCCAUUUUGUAGUGUUGUCCGAAUUCGGAGUAAACAACUCACGAAUUCGGAGUAAACAACUCAUUCCCUACAUUUGUCAACUACUUUUUACCCACAUGCAUUCAAAAUCAGAAUGCAUUGUGGGUAAAAAGCAGUUGACAAAUCUCACUCAUAUUUCACUCAUAUUUCCCAUGAUACAAUGCGAAUCAACCGUCUGAUUAGAAUCAGCUGGAGGAGAGUGACCGUUAAUGCCACGAAUGUACAUUUAUACACUUGUGUUUGUUCUUGUUGACAGUUAUUGUCUACUUUUUGAGAAUAAACAGAUUAAAUGAAUGUUAUAUUUUGCAGUGUUUUAUUUUAAAUAUAUUAAGUAAUUUUAUUAAUAAAUUUAAUAGUAAAUAAACGUGGCAAACAUUUGUUUUCUUCUCUUUAUUAAAAACUAAUACAAUAAAUGUGACAAUGUAAAAAAGCCACACAGGUGUAAUAUAAACGUAAUGACGAAUGUCCGCGACAGUACUGUCAGACGCAGGAUAUAUUACGUCAGUGUCCGAAAUUGUUCACUCAUUUUCAUUCACUUCUUCCCCAUAUAGUGGACUAUUUAGCAUUCGCUAUAUAGGGAAUAGUGAAUGAGUGAACAAGUGAGCAAAGUCAGACGCAGCUGAAGUGUGGCUAAAGUCAUUUGUGAACCAGUGGGCGGGACUAGAGAAGUAGUCGUUGAUAUUUUUCUGUGGAGGCGGUGUUCAACCUAUCUAUGUCAUAGACAGGUGCAUUCCAGGACCUGGCGUUCGCCGGGUCUGUUGUCAAUAACAGUUGUAAUUUCAGUUACAAGGGCGUUUUCAGUUCUGAUGCUUACAGGAUGUUUGCUUGAAUACGAUUCCCGCUUAUAUAACAAAAGCUCGGGUUAAAAUUGAGGUCUUAAUUCAUUGCCCCUUUAAAUAAAUAGAAGGGAGAUCACAAGUUCAGUUAAAAGUAGCACAAAAUGAGAGAUGUUGUCACGACUGAGGCAGAAGAACCCAAAUGCAGGCAGGCAGAGGUGAAGGGGUUAACAAAGAGCUUUAUUAUCAACAAAAGAACACAAAACAAAAACCCACGAUGGGGUAUAAAAUUAAAGACAGGGAUAACAUAGACUAACUAUCAAAUAAACUGACAUGACACUGGAAAAGAACUAAACUACACACUUACUGGAACAAACACGAUCUGGACAGCGGGAACACGAGCACGAGCAUAAAAACUGUAAUACAGGUAAGGGCACGGGAAGACAAGGCAUACACUCCGACAAGCACAUACAAUAUACGAGCACAGGACAAAGAAACAUGAGGGUAUAUAAAGGGAAGACAAAUGAGGGAUAAUUACACGGGGCAGGUGUGGGUAAUGAAUCACUCAAGGAAAGAUAACAAGGAAACGAGAGGAGCGGGGCUAAUGACAAGACAUGAGAAAACACAUGAGAUGUCAAAAAAAAAAACAUCUCAUGGCUUUCUCACAAAUAACCUAAGGCUUUGCCAUGGCUCUGCUACAGGACCAAGAAAAACAUGACUAAGGAAGCAGAGCCAUGACAGAUGUGUCUAAGCUAAGGAUAUUUUGUAUGUUGGCCCAAAAAUGAAACCGAUUGUGUUGUUUUAAACACAACUGUUCUAGAGUGUUGGAAAAAAGCAUACGUUUGCUAUUUUAUCAGUUAAUAAUAUUGGUUCUGUUUUUGACUACACUGCAGUCACUCUGGGGCAUGAUUCAGUAAGUUUGGGAGUUGUAUGUCAUUUAAAGCAUCUGUUGUAUGACAUUUUUGCUAAGCCUUCCUGUCACACCUAUCAUCUGUAGUGCCCUUGCGAUGUUAUCUGUUAACUUCCUCAGUGAUUGGCAGAAUGUUCGAUUCUAAAUGGGUUCUUGGCUCAUUGUUUCCUGUUUCUGAGUUUCCUGUUUUUAAGCUUUUGCUUUUUAUUCAGAUUACACAUUUGCCUGAGUUUUGCCUACACGUGCUAUUGACCCCUUGCCUGUUUAUUGGAUUACUUACACUUCCUAAAUUCUCCUCAAAGCUGAGCUUAAAUUCACUCUACAAACACAGCUUAUGCAUCACACAUACAACAUUUGUAAGGCAUCUUUAAUGAAAUUCAAGGUUUUGUCAAAGUUGGACAUCACUUUUGGUCACUGCUGUAUAUGUGUGUCACAUGCAGUGUAUUAAACUGUUAACUUAUCCCUAUAUGUAUAGAUAUGAAUGGAUACAUUUAAGAGCUAUUUUCCGUGUUUAUUGUUUGUGCUGGAAAAUGACUGCCUUGACUAUAGUGUUAGUGUCAAGGGUAUUUAAAACGUGGAGUCAUGUGGCCGGAGUCGCCCAUUAUCAAGUUAAGGACACCAUCUGUAAGAAAUCCCUUCACCAGCACAAUUUUUUGUUCUAGUUCAGGAAGGAUGGUGAUUCUACUAUGAUGAGCUUUAACAACGAAUAUGACUAAUACCGACUUAUUUUAAGCUCAUUUAUAAAAAUCUUUUACACUCUAAAUGGGAGCGUUUCAUUCAGACUGCUGUCCUAUUUAUGAAACUGAGGUGAAAGAUUGUAUUUUAAGGUGAGUAACAUUGCUAAUAAAGGUUCACAGUAGUAAAAAUGUUUUGU